AUUGGGUUCAUUUAUCCUUUUGUACGAACUCCCUUUCCAUACACCCCCUUUAUCUUUUCUGGAGGAGGCGUCGUGGGUCACACACACAUGGUCUUUUUACUGUUCUCAUCAAUGCACAGGCCAUAUUUUUUUUUCUCUUCCCGCUCACCCCUUUUUUUUUUAUUGUUAUUUCUUUAAUGUCGCGAUUACAAACUUACUUUAGUUCGGAAUUCAUUGCUUCUGGACAAGGCACUGAAUUUCAUGAAUUCAUCACAAGAAUCACACAAGCCAAAAGCAAAUCAGAAGAAACAAGUCAUGUCACGGAAGAACUCUCGAAAUUAACACGCAGUAUGGGUUCACCCGACAUUUCCUCCACCCGGAUGCGGGAUUACCUGACCCGCCUAAUCCAUUGUUACAUGCUGGGCUACUCGGUGGACUUUAGCAUUAUUUAUGCCAUCAUGGCUUCACAGAGCGGAGAAUCCGUCAUGGACAAACGUGUGGGUUACCUUGCAUGUACAUUAUUCCUGCAACGCAACAAUGAACUCGGCAUCAUGUUAAUUAAUACGCUACAACGCGAUCUCAAGAGCCAGAAUUAUCUCGACGUAUGUGCUGCAUUAAACGCCAUGUGUUAUUUACAACAUCCCGAAAUGCUCGAUAGUCUUCUAGACCUCGUUAUUGCCACUAUGACCUUCCCAAAGCAAGUGGUGAGAAAGAAGGCAGUGAUGGCCCUAUACUUUUUGUAUACACGCUGUACCAUUGAUCGUCUGGAAGCCCCGCUGAGACAAGCGUUGGAAGAUAAGGACUUUAGUGUAGUCUUUGCUGCUCUCUCCGUCUGGAAGCUCAUUCUAGUGGACCACGCAGAACAGUUUGGAGACUUGUUGCCAGUGGUGUUUAGGAUUCAUCGUCAGCUGAUUGAAAAGAGAAUUCAUAAAUCAUUUGUAUAUCAUGGCGUGUAUGCGCCCUGGGCUCAUAUGGACUGUCUGGCUAUUUACAGUAUUUAUUUGCAACUGAACAUUGGGUCGCCAAAGGAAGUAUAUGAUAUUGUAAUGGAGUGUGUACAUGCGAUGGAAAAAAAGGUAGACGCAGCCUUUGCUGUUGUUCUGGAGUGUAUUAAAUUGCUGUCGGAUAUGGACCCUAUUUUACUCAGUUGUUACUCUUCAGAUGAGAGCCCAUUUGUGGUGCUAGAACCUUUUUUGAACGCCAGCAAUCUCAAUUUGAAAUACCUGGGGCUGAUAGGGAUGUCGUAUGUGGACGUGAGUCUAUGGCGACCCAGAUGGCUGGAUGGGUCCCUGAUUGGGGAUACAGUUGCAUCUGCCCCCUUUGACGAGACCAUUGUGACACAAGCCAUGGAGAAUUUAGACAUGGUAAUGCACAGAGAGAUUUUAAUGAAUACCAGUCCUGCUUUGAUCGAUGCGUGUGCUCAAAGCACCAAACUGGCUUAUUGGCUCCUGAAUCGUCUGAAUGAACAUGUCGAUCGAAAUGCAUGGUAUAUUGAAACUGUCAUGCAGAUUAUGGCUGUAACAGAGAAAAGAUUGGACGAUGAUUAUGUUGAAACCCAAUGCAGCCUAUUAAAAGAAGCUUUAUUAGGAGAAAUACAAGAGACCACCAAAAGAGAAUGUUCUGUAAAGGUAGCCUAUGAUUUAUUAAAAAACACGCAUGGAGAUACGAUCCCGCCCCUAUUGUUACAAUUCGCAUUCUGGACCUUGGGGGAGCAUGGUUAUCUAUCGAGUCUAUCAUCGGAUAUCGAUCGCAUGACGCAAUUGAUUAAAUGGCUUCGACUACUUCAUGAUGAUGAUUUGCAGACGUGUGCUUUACAAGCCAUCAAAAGAUGCAUCUUGCGCAGUAAGACUUGGCUGUCGGGAUUGGAACCCAUCUUAAAGGAGUAUAAAAAAUCUCCCGUGCCUGAAAAGCAGCAGGUAAAAGAGAGCGAAAAACCCAUCAUUCAUUGAAUUUUUAUUUAUUCAUUUACAAGAGACAGAUGUUACACUAUCCACCAUGGCAGUAAGUAGUGAAACCUCUCCAUCCUUUUUAUUUGGGAAAAAAGUGUAUCUCAAACAUCCAGAUUAGAUUUCUGCUAACCCAAAUCGACCCAAGAGUGUCAAUCCGUUCUUGACAA